AUGGCGGCGCUGCCGGGAAGGAGCCGGCGGCGCUUCCGGGGCUCGCGCGACUUCCGGUUCCGGGGCCGCGCGCGCAGGGCGGGAACCGCAGCUCCAGGGCUCCUCUGUUUCCCCUCCGCGCCGUGCCGCCCCUCUGCGGCUGAGGAAGGGCUGAUCGAGUUCUACGGCUCCUUCAAGGAGCUGUUUGAGUUCUUCUGCAAGAACACCACGAUCCACGGCACCAUCCGCCUGGUGUGCUCGGGCAGGAACCGCAUGAAGACGGCGUUCUGGACGCUGCUGCUGCUGGCCAGCCUGGGCAUGCUCUACUGGCAGUUUGCCCUCAUGUUCAGCCAGUUCUGGGCCUACCCCGUGGUGCUCACCAUGUCCAUGGACUCCGAGCCCAAAAUGUUCCCGGCCGUCACCAUCUGCAACCUGGAUCCCUCCAGGUUUGAGCUGGUCAGCGAGCAGCUGGAGCAGCUGGAGCGCAUGGCCGAGGAGUCGCUGACCUUCCUGUACGGCCCCAAGGCCUCGGCCAGGCUGUCCCAGCUGAGGGACAGGAACAGGGACAGGGACAAGGACGGGGCCAUCCGGGUCCAGGCCUGGGCCAACCUCAGCAGCGCCGGCUUCAGGCUCAGCCACAACUUCUCCCUGGUCAGGAUGUGGGAGCCCAGGGCGGGCAAAAAGCACUCCAGAGUGGGAUUCCGGCUGUGCAACUCCACAGGCGGGAAUUGCUUCUACACGUCUCACCCGUCGGGCAUGGACGCGCUGCUGGAGUGGUUCCGCUUCCACUACAUGAACGUCAUGGCCCAGCUGCCGCCGGGGCUGCCGCAGCACCAGCAGCACUUCCAGGACCUGGUCUACUCCUGCCAGUACGAUGGGGAGCCCUGCAGGCCCAGUGAUCACGUUCACUUCCACCACCCAGUUUUUGGGAGCUGCUACACUUUUAACAGCAAGGGGACAGAUCCCUUCUGGGCAGCCACAAAACCAGGAAUUCCUUAUGGGCUGUCCCUGAUCCUGCGGGCCGAGCAGAAGGAGCACCUCCCGCUGCUGUCCACGGUGGCCGGCGUGAAGGUGAUGAUCCACAGCCACAACCAGACCCCAUUCCUGGAGCACGAGGGCUUCCACAUCCGCCCGGGCAUCGCCACCACCAUCGGCAUCCGCCAGGACCAGGUGAAUCGCCUGGGGGGCAACUACGGCAGGUGCACCACGGACGGGGCCGACGUGGCCGUGGAGCUGCUCUACAACAACUCCUACACCCUGCAGGCCUGCCUGCACUCGUGUUUCCAGCAGGCCAUGGUGCAGCGCUGUGGCUGUGGAUAUUUCUAUUACCCACUGCCCGCCGGGGCUCGCUACUGCGACUACAGCCGCCAGCCCGCCUGGGGGCACUGUUUUUACCAGCUCUACUCCCGGCUCCGGAAUCACCGCCUGGAUUGUUUCCAGCACUGCCCCAAGCCCUGCAGGGAAUCCCUGUACAAGGUCUCAGCUGGCACAGCCAAGUGGCCCUCGGCAAAAUCCCAGGACUGGGUGCGCCAGGCUCUGCGGCACCAGAACGGCUACAACUCCAGCAGCAGCAGGACGGACAUUGCCAAGGUCACCAUCUUCUACCGGCAGCUCAGCUCCCAGGCUGUGCACGAGGCCCCGCUGCUCUCGGAGAACCUGCUGCUGUCCAGCAUGGGCAGCCAGUGGAGCCUGUGGUUCGGCUCCUCGGUGCUGUCGGUGGUGGAGAUGCUGGAGCUGCUCCUGGACACGCUGGUCCUGUCCCUGCUCUUCUGCCUCCAGAGGCUGCGGAGCAGGAGCAGCCCCGGGGGCUCCAGCCCCACCCCGCACGUCGGGCUGGCCCUGCAGAAUUCCAGGGAAUUGCGGGAGGAGCCUGGGACGGGGCAGGAGGGAGCGCCGGGGUCAGGGCUGGGGCAGGAAGUGAAGAAAUUCUCCUCCACUUUUAAAUGGUGA